AUGCCAAGGUCAAGGAACAUGAAGGGUUUGAUUCGCUUAAUGAUUUUGUUUAUGCUGUGUUUGGCCGUGAGGCCUCAAUUAACUACUGAUUUCUAUAUGAGAUCUUGUCCCAGUCUUCUGCGGAUUGUGAGGAAGGAAGUUAUCAAAGCUGUAAAGGCCGAAAUGAGAAUGGCAGCCUCUUUGCUUCGACUUCACUUCCAUGAUUGCUUCGUCAAUGGGUGUGAUGCAUCAAUUCUGUUGGAUGGGAGUGACAGUGAGAAGUUAUCAGCUGCUAAUAACAAUUCAGUAAGAGGAUUCGAAGUUAUCGACUCUAUUAAAACUGCCGUGGAGACUCAAUGCAGUGGAGUUGUUUCAUGUGCUGAUAUAAUAACAUUAGCUGCAAGAGAUUCCGUGCUCUUGAGUGGAGGACCAACUUGGAAAGUUCCUUUAGGAAGAAGGGAUGGAUUUGUGGCAAAUCGGUCAGCAGCAGAUAAUCUUCCUUCUCCAUUUGAAGGACUAGAUGCAAUCUCUAAAAAAUUUACUAAUGUGGGUCUAGGCAUCACUGAUGUGGUUGCCCUUUCAGGUGCUCAUACCUUCGGUUUAGCCAAGUGCUUACUCUUCAGAAAUAGACUGUUUAAUUUCCUACCAAAUGGCUCUCCAGACCCAACAAUGGAUGCAGAAAUGGUUGCUGAUUUGCAAAAUUUCUGCCCACAAAAUGGCGAUGGAAACAAAAUGACUGUUCUUGAUAGAAACUCCUCCGAUCUAUUUGACAACCAUUAUUUCAAGAACUUGGUGAACAACAAGGGUCUUCUAUUCUCGGAUCAAGUUUUAUAUUCUAGCUCCGAGGCUCAAUCCACAGCCAAAAGUCUUGUUGAAAGCUACAGCAAUAAUCCCAGACUUUUCUUCUCUGACUUUGCUAAUUCUAUGAUGAGAAUGGGGAAUAUUAGUCCUCUCACUGGCACCAGUGGUGAGAUUCGGAAGAAUUGCAGGGCGGUUAAUAGUUAAAGAAGUGAGCUACAUGAACCACGAAAUGGUAAAAAGUGUUAAGAACAAAGUAACUUAAUUCAUAGUAUAACUAAUGUAAUGAUGUUUAAUUAGAAGCUGUGUGAUGAAUGUUAUAUUGGCUCUCGGUCUCUUGUUGUAAUAUUUAAAAAU